ACGAGUUUAUGCAAAUUUUGAACUUAACCUAUCAUUUUACUCCGAAAUGACACAACAAUGUGUCAAUUACAUUUGAAAAUUCCCAAAUUACUGAAUUAAGUUUUCAAUGGAAAUCACAAGUAUCGCAAGUUCUGCAUUAAUAUGUUCACUUGAUUCAUCAUAAAUGAGGAAGUGACGAUCACCAAGAUGAUACUUGGCCGCCGGAAAUUAAUUGUUAAAGCAACAAUAUGUGGAAUUUAUAUUAUCGCUCUUUUGUUGAUUGCGAAACGAAUGAUGAGAAUGUCAGAUGAAUUUUCGUCGAAUAAUCAGUCAACGUCUCACCAACAAUUGAAAACAAAUUCAUUGAGGUACAGAAACCUCGAAAGAUACUCCCCCUGGCUCGAGGAGUACGAGGCCCAGUUAAUCCCCGGUCUCGGUGACGAUGGCCGCCCGGCGACCCUCUACGGCAAGGAGAAGCUCCAGGCCCAGAAGGUCCUCGAGAAGAAGGCCCUGAAUGUCCUCUUGUCAGACAGAAUCUCCCUAUCGCGUUCACUCCCGGACAUCAGGGACCCCCUCUGCAAGAACAUUACCUUCGACGUGGAGACCCUCCCCACGGCCUCCGUGAUAAUUAUCUUCUACAACGAACCCCUGAGUGUUUUGUUGAGGACAAUCACAAGUGUAUUGAACAAUUCCCCGAAGGAGAUUCUCCAGGAGAUUAUUCUGGUCGACGACGCGUCGGACGAGGAUGACCUCCAGGGGAAGCUGGAGUACUACAUGACGAAGAGGUUCGAUGAGGAGAGGGUCAAGCUGAUCAGGCUGCCCGAGAGACGGGGCCUGAUCAGGGCGAGACUCAGUGGGGCCAGAGCAGCCUCUGGGGAGGCUCUCGUGUUCCUCGACGCUCACUGCGAGGUCAUUGUCCAGUGGCUCGAGCCACUCCUGAAGAGGAUCAGGGAGAAGAGUGAUGCUGUCGUCAUGCCGAUCAUUGAUAACAUCUCCGAGGAGACUCUCGAGUACUUUCACGAUAAUGACCUUGGGUUCUUCCAGGUCGGGGGGUUCACUUGGUCCGGACAUUUCAACUGGAUCAAUAUUCAGGAGAAGGAGAUGGUGGGGAGAGCGUCGAAGAUAGCCCCUGUGAGAUCUCCAACGAUGGCGGGGGGUCUCUUCGCCAUCAACCGCGCCUACUUCUGGAGAAUAGGAAGUUACGAUGAAAAAAUGGACGGGUGGGGCGGGGAGAACUUGGAGAUGUCCUUCAGGAUCUGGCAGUGCGGGGGGUCUCUGGAGACCAUCCCCUGCUCCAGGGUGGGGCACAUCUUCAGGAACUUUCAUCCUUAUAAGUUUCCCAAUGACAAGGACACCCAUGGCAUCAACACUGCGAGACUCGUCUACGUCUGGAUGGACGAGUACAAGAGACUCUUCCUCCUGCACAGGGACGAGUUCAAGGAUAAUGUUGAGAGGAAGAUCGGGGACAUCAGCGACAGGGUGAAGCUGAGGGAGAGGCUGGGGUGCAAGAGCUUUCGGUGGUACCUGGAGAACAUUUAUCCCGAGAAAUUCGUGCCUGAUGAGAACGUGAUUGCUUAUGGGAGGGUCAAGAUGAAGGAGAGGAAUAUUUGUUUGGAUAAUCUCCAGAGGGACGAGGACAAACCCUAUGACCUGGGGGUCUAUGGGUGCCACUCCAAGCUGUUCCCCAGUCAGUUAUUUUCACUGAGCAAUGCUGGAGAACUCCGUCGGGAUGAGAUAUGCGCAGUGGUGAACCUCGAGGACGUGAUAUCACGACGAGCAAAGGUGAAGAUGGUUGAGUGUCACGACAGGGGUGACGAGAAAGAGUGGAUUCUCACGGACAGGGGGAGUCUAGUCCACGUAUCCACUGGUCUCUGUCUCGAUGGAACUGGAGUUCGACCUGAGACCGAUGUCUUUGUCGCCCCGUGCUCCAACGUCCUCGGACAGUUCUGGCAGUUUGAUUUUUAUGGCGAUGGCGUCACCCCCAGAUGAUCAAUUCCCACUCAUCUGUCAAUUUUUUUGUAACUAUUGUUGAAAAUUGAACAAAUUCCCUUUUAUAUAUUCCUUUUCUGAAUACUUUUCAAAAUGUUGAACUAUGUGAUUUAUAUCUGGGAACUCGUGAAGAAUGUACUUAAUUAUUUUCAUAAUUUUUUGGAAUCAUUUCCAAUUUUUAAAUUUUAUAGAUUGAAAACAAUUUAUUUUCAGGUAAAAAGGGCUUGGACAAAUGCAUCAACGUCAAUUAACUAGAAAUUGCAGAUGACAUUAUUUUUAUAAUUUUAUAAAUGUAUAUUCACAAGUUAAUAUUUUAUAGCCAAAAUUUUCAAUUUUUUAAUGAAAAGUAAAAACUUUCAACUCCAAAAAUACCGAAAAAAUUCCAUCGACUCCAACGAAUCUUAUGAAUUCGAGGCAAAUUGGUACUCAGAUUUCCAUGUUACUAGCCACCAUUUGCCCCUAAAAUCAUCUGACACUAAUUACAUUGUCAAUAAUAAUGUGAGACUGAAGAUUGCUCAACUAAUUUGAAUAAAAAAUCAAAUUAAAAAAAAAGAAUAAAUUUUUCAAGUUGAAGAAAACAGUGGAAAAACCCACCAAUAAAUAAUUCCUCCCACAGUCACUCACUUGUAUCCAUU